UCUUCCCUGUUGCCUCCAUAAAAAAAGAAAAGAAUCCAAAGAAGCGUGGUGAUUGUGAAGAAGAAGGAAGAGAAAGAGAACAAUGGCGGAAGAGGGACAAGUUACCGGUGUCCACUCCGUGAGUGAGUGGAAGGAACAUCUCAAGAAGGGAGAAGAGACCGGCAAGCUGAUUGUGGUGGAUUUCACUGCUUCUUGGUGCGGUCCAUGCCGAUUCAUUGCUCCAAUCCUAGUUGAGAUUGCUAAAAGGCUGCCCCAUGUCACCUUUCUCAAGGUUGAUGUAGAUGAACUCGAGUCUGUUUCGAAAGAGUGGGAGAUUGAAGCUAUGCCAACCUUCCUGUUCUUGAAAGAAGGCAAGCUGGUGGACAAGGUUGUGGGAGCCAAGAAAGAGGAGCUGCAAAUGACAAUAACCAAGCAUGCAAAUGCUGCUGCUGCUGCUGCUGGUAGUUCCAUAUGAAUGAAUGUGUUGAGAAUAAUAAAUAUAUUUCUUCAGUCAUUUUGCUUUUACUUAUUUUUGAGUCUGUUUGGAUGAUUUCAGCUUGGAUAUGGAGUUAGUAAAACAUGGACUGAGUUAUGUGUAAA